GUGGGUUGUGUUUAGGAGUAGUAUUAACAUGAGACACAGUGAUGGUGGGUUGUGUUUAGGAGUAGUAUAAACAUGAGACAGUGACUGUGGGUUGUGGUUUUGUUGGUUUAAAUGCACACACUCAGUAUCACUUCCCUGUUCUCCUUUCCUGUCUGUCCUCUGACAGACCUCCCGAGUCAUAUCAGAAAUCUGUAUAUACACAUUAGACUUUACAGAACAUGUUCCUCUGUAGCUCAGUUGGUAGAACAUGGCACCUGCAACGUUAUGGGUUUGGUUCCCAGGACCACCCAUUGGUGCUCUAGUCUAGAUCACUGAACCUUCAGUACCACUUUGAUGCAGCCGAUGAGGAGUGAUGGUCAUGGGUGUUUAAAUGGAAUGGGUUCUAAUUGAAUAACAUCAUGGAACUUUGACCUGUACAUACAGAACUCAGAAGGGCAAGGUAGGUCAUUAAAAUGUUAACGUUAUAAAUAGCUUAGUCAACACAUUGUUUACAUGGUUCUGUAUGUAGUAUAAAAGACCACAGUGAAAAUUGACACAUUUGUUUAAUAAAAUAAAUAUAUGCCCAGACUUGUCUUUUACACAAUUUCUGUUCUAUUACAGUAACAGCCCUUUUCUGGCGUGUUGGUCUGGUUGUCGUGGAUGUUAAUGUCUUUAAUAAACAGGAAGGACAGUUCUGCAUCCACUACUUGUGUUCUGACUGCUUUUAUAAUGUUUCAACACUUCAGGUUUUCACUCACUACCAGACAGUUGACUCACUGUACAAGACCUCUCCUCUUCACUUCACUCUACUGCAGGGUGGGAGAUGCAACAAUGGCCUUGAGAACAGCAGGAAGUGUGUUGGUGGUCUUUCUCUGGUCUGUGACAGUGGUACUGGGUCAGGAUGGCUGGAGUGUGACAUACACCACUCAGAGUAUCUGUACCUUGAAGGGGUCAACAGUGAAGCUGUUCUGUUCUUAUACAUAUCCCAGAGGUAAAGUCACAACAACCUUCUGGUUCACUAAAUGGGGGACUGGUGUACAACCUAAAGAUCUAGGUCAGGACCCAGAGUAUUCAGGUCGUCUGGAGUAUCAUGGAGAUAAGAAGAAAGACUGUACCCUGAGAAUCACAGACCUGAGAGAGAGAGACUCAGCUGAGUACAAGUUCAGAUUAUUAACAGAUCAGGAAGGAGGGAAAUAUUCUGGAAGUCCUGGAGUCACUCUGUCUGUCACAGGUCUUCAGGUGAAGGUGACUGGUGGACAUCAGGAUAAGACACUGACCUGUAUCACCACCUGUACUCUGACUGACAAACCCACCUACAUCUGGUACAAGAACGGACAACAUCUAGAUGAGAGCACCUCCCCCCAGUACAAAGACCCAGUCUCCAGUAACUAUGGAGACAGUUAUUCCUGUGCUGUAAAAGGCCAUGAGGAUCUCCUCUCUCCUGCAGUGUGUGUCCAGGGUCAGGACUGCAACAGAGUGACUUACACCAAGAGGACAAUCUGUGCCUUGAAGGGGUCAACAGUGUACAUAUCCUGUAGUUAUUUCAGUGGUUAUGAUACAGUCAAAUCAACACUCUGGUUUAGUCCCAAACAGAGUGACAGCUGGAGGGAUGAGUUGAUCCCUGAGGACCUAACCACAGACCCAGGGUAUGCAGGUCGUGUGGAGUAUGUUGGAGAGAAGGAGAGAGGUCGCUCCACCCUGAGAAUCACAGAUCUGAGAGAGGAGGACUCUGCUGAGUACAAGUUCAUAUUCAACACACAGACAUCAAGAUGGGGACACAGCUUCCCUGGAACAACUCUGACUGUCACAGACCUGCAGGUGAAGGUGACUCCUGCCACAGAGGCAGGGAAGAGGACACUGACCUGUAUCACCACCUGUACUCUGACUGACAACCCCACCUACAUCUGGUACAAGAACGGACACAAAGUAAAGGAGGACACUUCCAGCCUGGACUCAGACUCCUUUAGUGAUGCAGACAGUUACUCCUGUGCUGUAAAAGGCCAUGAGGAUCUCCUCUCUCCUGCAGUGUGUCAGAAGUGUUGGAGUGUGACUUACACCCAUCAGAAGAUCUGUGCCUUGAAGGGGUCAACAGUGGACAUUUCCUGCUCUUACACAUAUCCCAGUAAUCAUGAGAUCAAACAAUCUUUCUGGUUUACUAAAUGGUCUGGUCUGGAGGCUGAAGAUCUGAGCUCAGUGCCAGGGUAUGAGGGUCAUAUAGAGUACCUUGGGGAUAAGAAGAGUGACUGUACCCUGAGAAUCACAGACCUGAGAUUGAAUGACUCUGCAGGGUUCAGGUUCAGAUUCAUAACAUCUGGAGGAAAGUUUUCUGGCUCACCUGUCUCUCUGACUGUCACAGAUGUUGUGUUGGAGAUGGAUCCUACAUCUGUGUCAGAGGGGGAGAGAGUCACACUGAGAUGUAGAACCAACUGUACACUGGACCCCAUCACAGCCUACAGUUGGUAUAAGAAUGGACAGCCUAUACCAAACAGCAACACCUACUCUCCUUUCUAUAUCCUGUUCUCAGUCAGCAGUGAGGAUACAGGCAGAUACUCCUGUUCUGUAGAAGGACAUGAGGAUCUCCCCUCUGCUGAAGAGACUCUCAUUGUCACAUAUGGUCCAUGGAACACCUCAGUGUCAGUCAGUCCCUCUGGUGAACUAGUGGAGGGCAGUUCAGUGACUCUGACCUGCAGCAGUGAUGCCAACCCACCUGUGGACAAAUACACCUGGUACAAGAAGAAUGUAGCCUCACCAAAAGCAUCAGGACAGAGUUACAGCAUCACUAACAUCAUCUCUGAGGACAGAGGAGAAUAUUACUGUGAGGCCCAGAAUGGAAGAGGAUCUAAUAACUCUACAGCUCUGAUGAUCAUUGUAGCAGAGAAACAAACCUCAGUUCUAACUGCAGCUGUAGGAAUCAUAGUGGUUGUUCUGGGUGUCAUACUGGCUUCAUGUCUCUCUGGACUCAUGUGGUUCAGGAAGAAGGUCUUCAAAACCACCUCUGACACAAGACACACGGCAGGCAAUGGACAGGGAGACUCUAGUCCAGUGUAUGACAACAUCUCAGGCAUGGCCUUCACCCCUACUGCAGCACAGACAGCGGCCACCGUCGACCAGGAUGAUGUUCACUAUGCCAGUGAUGUUCACUCUCGCUUAAAAAACCAGGAAGUGCCUCUCUACUCCACCGUCCAGCUGCCUCAACCCCAGAAAGAGGAUGAGGAUGUCCUGUACGCUGCUUUGAAUUUCAACCUUCCCAGUGCUGCCACCUGGUCCACGGUGGAACAAGCAGCUGAGGAGGAUCCCUCUGUUCUCUACAGUACAGUCAACAAACCCAGAACCAAGAAGACCUGAACACAACAAACCCAGAACCAAGAAGACCUGAACACAACAAACCCAGAACCAAGAAGACCUGAACACAUCAAACCCAGAACCAAGAAGACCUGAACACAUCAAACCCAGAACCAAGAAGACCUGAACACAACAAACCCAGAACCAAGAAGACCUGAACACAACAAACCCAGAACCAAGAAGACCUGAACACAACAAACCCAGAACCAAGAACUGAAAACAACAAACCCAGAACCAAGAAGAACUGAAAACAACAAACCCAGAACCAAGAAGACCUGACAAACCCAGAACCAAGAACUGAAAACAACAAACCCAGAACCAAGAAGUGAAAACAACAAACCCAAAACCAAGAACUGAAAACAACAAACCCAGAACCAAGAAGACCUGACAAACCCAGAACCAAGAACUGAAAACAACAAACCCAGAACCAAGAAGACCUGACAAACCCAGAACCAAGAACUGAAAACAACAAACCCAGAACAAAGAAGACCUGACAAACCCAGAAACAAGAACUGAAAACAACAAACCCAGAACCAAGAAGACCUGAACACAACAAACCCAGAACCAAGAAGAACUGAAAACAACAAACCCAGAACCAAGAACUGAAAACAACAAACCCAGAACCAAGAAGACCUGACAAACCCAGAACCAAGAACUGAAAACAACAAACCCUGAACCAAGAAGACCUGACAAACCCAGAACCAAGAACUGAAAACAACAAACCCAGAACCAAGAAGACCUGACAAACCCAGAACCAAGAACUGAAAUCAACAAACCCAGAACCAAGAAGACCUGACAAACCCAGAACCAAGAACUGAAAACAACAAACCCAGAACCAAGAAGACCUGACAAACCCAGAACCAAGAACUGAAAACAACAAACCCAGAACCAAGAAGACCUGACAAACCCAGAACCAAGAAGACCUGAACACAACAAACUCAGAACCAAGAAGACCUGACAAACCCAGAACCAAUAACUGAACACAACAAACCCAGAACCAAGAAGACCUGAACACAACAAACCCAGAACCAAGAAGACCUGACAAACCCAGAACCAAGAACUGAAAACAACAAACCCAGAACCAAGAAGACCUUGUAUAUCUGGACCCGUAUAUAAUAACUAAGUGGUAUAAUUAAGCAAUAACGUCCGAGGGGGUGUGGUAUAUUGGCCUAUAUGCUGUACCACGGCUAAGGACUGUUCUUAAGCACGACACAACGCAGAGUUCCAUGUAUACAGCCCUUAGCUGUGGUAUAUUGGCCUAUAUACUGUACCACGGCUAAGGACUGUUCUUAAGCACGACACAACGCAGAGUUCCUGGAUACAGCCGUUAGCUGUGGUAUAUUGGCCUAUAUACUGUACCACGGCUAAGGACUGUUCUUAAGCACGACACAACGCAGAGUUCCUGUAUACAGCCCUUAGCUGUGGUAUAUUGGCCUAUAUACUGUACCACGGCUAAGGACUGUUCUUAAGCACGACACAACGCAGAGUUCCUGGAUACAGCCCUUAGCUGUGGUAUAUUGGCCUAUAUACUGUACCACGGCUAAGGACUGUUCUUAAGCACGACACAACGCAGAGUUCCUGGAUACAGCCGUUAGCUGUGGUAUAUUGGCCUAUAUACUGUACCACGGCUAAGGACUGUUCUUAAGCACGACACAACGCAGAGUUCCUGUAUACAGCCCUUAGCUGUGGUAUAUUGGCCUAUAUACUGUACCACGGCUAAGGACUGUUCUUAAGCACGACACAACGCAGAGUUCCUGGA